CUGGAGACUGUUGUUGAUUGUUGACAUCGUGAUGAUUACACGCGUGUAGUGACGAGUGUGGAGUAGGCUUGGUCAUUCUAUUCAUCGCUGAACAUAUUUUCGCCUUCAUGACCAGUUGAUUAGAUUCUAGAAUCUAUCCCUUGGAAUUUCUCAAGGAAAUAAUUUUCACACUGUUGCUUGAUAGGUAUGGCAGGAGGAAAGCGUGACAAAAAAGACAAAGAGGAAAGAAAGUCCAAGAAGGCUAAAUAUGAUGCAGAGGUCUACGAAGAUGAUGAUGACGUAGAUGUUGACAAUGCUAAAGAUGUACCUCAGUCAGCCACAAGAGAAUGUGUUGAAGCUGCACCUGAGGAUGAGUUUGGAGCUCAAGAUUAUCGAAAAACUUUGGAACUAAAGCUUGAUCAUGGUUCUAGGCCUUUGUGGAUCGCUCCGAAUGGUCACAUCUUUCUGGAGUCGUUCUCCCCAGUUUAUCGCCAUGCCCAUGAUUUCCUCAUUGCAAUCUCAGAGCCUGUGUGUAGACCAAUUCACGUGCAUGAGUACAAGCUUACUGCUUACUCCCUGUACGCUGCAGUCUCUGUGGGUCUGCAGACAAAUGAUAUCAUUGAGUACUUGCGGAGACUGAGCAAAACUUCCCUGCCUACUGGAAUUGUUGAGUUUAUAAAGCUGUGUACGCUCAGCUAUGGAAAAGUGAAGUUGGUCCUGAAACACAACAGAUAUUUUGUUGAAAGCCAGUACCCUGAUGUGCUCCAGAAGUUGUUGAAAGAUCCCUAUAUCCAGCAGUCUAGAAAGAGAGACCAGGAGGAGGGGGCGGGUGGUGAGGAUCUCAUCGCUGGUCAGCUCUCGGGGAAAUCUGCUUUACAGCUGAACAAACCUGCACCAAAGCCUGGAGAUCCCCAGGCAGGACCUUCGACUGGGGAAAAUGGAGAGAGUGAGGAGAACAAGGAGACAGUACCAGAAGACAUUUAUGAGCUCUAUGAUAAAAUGGACAAAGAGGAUGAUGAUGAAGACGCGGCACAGCUUAAGACUGUUUCUUUUGAAGUGAAUCAGGAUAUGAUUGAGGUUUUACAAAAAAGGUGCAUUGAAUUGGAGCAUCCAUUGCUUGCAGAGUAUGAUUUCAGGAAUGACUCAAUCAACCCUGAUGUCAACAUUGACCUGAAACCUUCCACUGUGCUGAGACCGUACCAGGAGAAAAGUUUGAGAAAGAUGUUUGGCAAUGGUCGAGCUAGAUCCGGAGUGAUUGUUUUGCCAUGCGGUGCUGGUAAAACCCUUGUUGGAGUGACCGCGGCCUGCACAGUGAGGAAACGGUGCAUCUGUUUAGCUACGUCUGGUGUUGCUGUGGAGCAGUGGCGCUCCCAGUUCAAGAUGUGGUCCACAGUUGAUGACAGCCUGAUCUGCAGGUUUACCUCUGAUGCUAAAGAUAAACCGAUGGGUUGUGCAAUAUGCAUUAGUACCUAUUCGAUGUUGGCUCACUCUACAAAGCGAUCGUGGGAGGCUGAUAAAAUGAUGAAAUGGUUACAGAACCAAGAGUGGGGUCUGAUGGUGCUUGAUGAGGUGCAAACCAUACCUGCCAAAAUGUUCCGACGAGUGCUGACAACGGUGAACGCUCAUUGCAAACUCGGUCUGACUGCCACCCUGGUUCGGGAGGAUGACAAAAUUGCUGAUCUGAACUUCCUCAUUGGUCCAAAGCUGUAUGAAGCAAACUGGAUGGAACUCCAAAACCUUGGUUACAUUGCUCGCGUGCAGUGUGCUGAGGUGUGGUGCCCAAUGACGCCUGAGUUCUACAGAGAGUACCUAGUCAUGAAGUCUCAGAGAAAACUGUUGUUGUCCACGAUGAACCCAAACAAAUUCAAGGCUUGCCAGUUCCUCGUACGUUACCACGAGAGACGGAAUGAUAAGAUCAUUGUCUUCUCCGACAAUGUGUUUGCCUUGAAACAUUAUGCAGUCAAACUGAACAAGCCAUAUUUGUAUGGGCCAACGAGCCAGGGAGAAAGAUUGCAGAUCUUGCAAAAUUUUCAACACAACCCCAAAGUCAACACAAUAUUUGUCUCCAAGGUUGCUGAUACCUCAUUCGAUUUGCCUGAGGCAAAUGUUCUGAUUCAAAUCUCUGCUCAUGGUGGCUCCAGAAGGCAAGAAGCUCAGCGACUGGGCAGAAUUCUAAGAGCAAAGAAAGGAUCCGCAGCUGAAGAGUACAAUGCUUUUUUCUACUCUCUGGUCUCCCAAGACACCAAUGAAAUGGCAUUCUCGUUGAAAAGGCAGCGCUUUCUUGUUAAUCAAGGCUAUAGCUACAAAGUUAUUACAAAAUUUGACGGCAUGGAACAGGAAAGUCUUCAUUAUAAAUCAAGAGAAGAGCAGGUUCAGCUUUUGCAGAAGGUCUUAGCGGCUACUGAUGAAGACGCUGAAGAAGAGCAUGUUUUGGGAGAUAUCACGUCAAAGGGCUCGUUCCACCGCAAGGUUGGAAGCAUGAACUCGUUGUCUGGAGCUGAUGAUGCUGUUUACAUGGAGUAUAGAAGACAGAAAUUCGUCCAUCCUCUCUUCAAGAAGUUCAAAAAGCCCUAAAACAUAUUUUACUUUUCAUUUAUCAUUUCAUUUGGCCAUCGUUUUGUAAAAAAUGUGAAUGAAUGAGAGAAUAAGUGUUAAGACUGUCUGCUGAAAGGACAUGAAACAUUUUGCAUUGUACAUCAUAAUAUAUAGUACAGAUAGUAGUACUGCCAGUGUUUUUUUUUUUGGUUAAUUUUUUAAAAUUGAGUAUUUCCCAUUGAAAUUACUGUAAAUAUGAGGUAGAGAAGAAAAAAAAAAGUGUCCUUGGGCAAUUUGGUAAUGUUGAAAUGUAUUUUAUUUUUUUGCCUAAUUAUGGUUACAUUUGAAAGGAAAUAAUGGAGGGCCAAAAGCAGAUCCAAUGUGGCUAGGCCUAUCCCAGUAUGAUGAUGUUUGAUCAUCCCAGAUUAAAGUUUCAGCUAUUUGGUGAGAAGAAGAUUACCUGCAAGGCUCUGACUACAUGGUACCUGGUGUCCAAAAAAAAAGAAAGACCCUUUUAAAGAGCAAUAACUCGGUCAUCUUUAUACCGAUUUCCAACGUAACUUUGAAGAAAUCAAAUUCUGCCAGGGGUACAUGAGGCUUACAAUUGUCAAAAUGAAACAAAUGAAUCAUCAUAUUCGAAAAAAAUCAAUUUUUAAAAUUUCAAGCAAAAUUGUGUGAAACACAAUACUCUGCCAACUUCUUAAAAGUCAGCAAUACUGAUCUAUUUCAAAUAGUCACUAUUUGUGCAUUGAAGAACAAAUUAAUGCACCAAAAAAAAAAUACAUUGCCAAAUAAACAUGUGACAGCUACCUAAAUCUCCAGGGAUUGGCCAUUUCUCUCAAUACAAGCUCCUAUAUAAGAUGCCACAGGAAAGUUUAGGGGAAUGGGGUGACCAUAUAUUUGUAAACUCACACAAUGGCCACUCUAGACAUUUGGGAUGUGGCCUCAUCCGACUGGAACCAGACCUCUACAGCAGAACACCUUUUCCUUCCCAAACUUCUGGAAAACUUCCUCAGCAUGGUGAGAUGUACAUCUGAUGUGACUAUUGUGGUUUUGCCAUCCUUGUCCUGAAACCAGAAUGGCCCCUUUAGAUGACCAUUUCUUAAUAAGUAAAAUUUUGAGUUUUACCAAUAUUUGGUUGAAAUUUUAAAAACUGAUAUUUCACAGACAAUGGAAUUUCUUCAUAUUUACUAACUUGAUGUCCCCCAGGUUGAAUUUUAUUUGUUCGAAGCUUUGUUAAAAUUGGUGCUCUAAUGACCAAGUUAUAGCCGAAUAAGUAGGUCCUUUUUUCAAAGACACCCUGUAUGUCCAGAACAUGUCUAGUUUUUAGCUUCAUGUUGUGCCAUGGACAUUACAGAAGUUUACAAAAUUUGCUGUUCCUGACUGCUUGCUUACAAGGUGUUCCAUGUAUGUCCCGCUGAUCAUCUGGCUCUAAUUCUUCAUGUACGUACAAAGAUUUAGCCACAAGCUCUGUGUGGAUUCAUAUAUGGGAAUAUAAAAUGCGCUUAUCAAUACCAUAUUUGCUAUUUCAACUUUACUGCUAGGCUUGCAAGUGAUCAGUAAACACGGAUCUAAUCUUGAAGCUAAAAACGUGCUCUUUAAAAUCGUGAACACCAAAAUGACUGAAAAAAAAGGCUGGAAAUUUUACUUUUUAACCUAGAUUUGCUUGCAAGUUGUUUAGAAAUAUGGAGAUAUUGAUGAACAUACUAUCAUAGUGAUGAUGAAAGUGACGUCGAAGAUCCCGGAUCUGAAUAUAAGUCAUGAGUGGACCAGAACCAGACAGCAAGUCCACUGACAUUGAGACUGAUGAGACUGCUGUCCUGGCUAAUUGGCUUAGCUGAACAUCUGCAUUGACAGUAAGAUUAAGAACACACACACUCUAUUCUAGCAACAAAUUGGUUAAAGUUAAAGUAUGUUCUUUUCGACCACUCUCAUUAGUUUGUUGCAAAUUAAACUUGUUUAUUUGAACUUACAAUCCCUCAAAAUGAUUUCAUGUUUUCUGCUCUUGUUUAUGAAUGAUGAAUAAAAUGAUUUUUGACUAAAACUAAAA